ACAACAAGUUCAUAAGCUAAGAUCGACGCAAUAUCAUCAAAUCAUUCUCUCCUAAAAUGGAUUAUUCAGAUUUAGUGUUUGAAGAUUUAAUAAAAUUUCCUGAACUAGCAUUAAAAAUAUUCGGAAGAACACUUGGUAAUUCUUCGAAUGUGUCAAUUAAAUUGGAACCGGAAUUUGAAAAUGACAAUUUAUUCAUUAAUGAAGAUAAUUUAAAAUUGGAACCAAAAAAUGAAAAAGACAAUUUACAGGAAGAUAUUAUCAAAUUUGAAGAUAAUUCACACACAAACCACAUGAAAAUUCAUCAACCGCGAAUUCAAUGCAAAGUAAGUUCGAAACUGCAAACAUUAAAUCAACACAACAAGACAAAACACUAUAAAAUUCAACUAAAAUUUAACGAGAAAUUCAACUGUAAAAUCUGUGGAAAAACUUUCAAAAAUAAUAAAAAUCUAAAGGACCAUAUCAGCAAGAAACAUGAAAAUCCAAAAUCAUUUGAGUGUAAAACAUGUGGCAAAAAGUUUGAUUGGAAGAGGAAUUUAGUAAGACAUGAAAAGACGCACAAUAAAAAUCAACGAAUGUGAUCAGUGUCAGACUGUAGGCAUCAUCAAGGGUGUGGUACUGAUGAAAUGAUCAAAAAUGAUCCAAAAAUUAUCAAAAAUGAUCAGAAUGUAAUUCUUCAGUUCCACAACCUUGGGCAUCAUUUGAAAAGACAUGUAGAAGACUUAUAAGUAAAUUGUAAUUCAGAAUUUAAAUAAAUAAAGAAUUAAAAUUUAAAAAAUAAUUGGAAUUGCUUAUUUUGAGGAGUAUUUUGAUAAAGAC